ACAUGCAGCGACACAUUAUUAUUUUACUAUGCUGUUCAAAAAGCUAAUUUCUUCUUGUGUUAGGUGUUACUCACAUAGAGGAUCUCAGACUUAUCCAGUAUGCAGAGCUCGGUGACCAUGUGCUUCCUCCUCCUCGUCUUUCCCGUCAACGCACACUUUGUGGAAAACUUUGAGGACUGCAUGGAAUACUUUUACAAGGGGCAUGUGCCAAAGUGGACUUCCAAUCACAUCCACAUCUGCCAGAAGUUUAAUAACUGCUACCACUUUGCCACCCUGUACGACACCACCAACCGCAUUCCCGUCUACUCGGCUUACAUAGUUGAGGACGGCAUAAGCUCCGACCACGAUUGGAUGGUGGAGCCUCAGCUGGUAAAACAGGAGUUUGAAAAGGAGAUGAUGAGAGCGGAUUCACUGAUUUACAAACAUCCUACACUAAACCUUGAUGAAAUAGGAAAGAUGCAGGCAACAGAUGUCGACUACAAACAACUUCCUAAAGGAUACAAUCGAGGUCACCUGAAUCCCAACUCACAUCAUGCAGGUGAUGCUUCCAAAGCCACUAUGACCCUGACUAAUAUAGUUCCCCAAAAACAAAAGCUGAACCAAGGGAUGUGGAAAGAUCAUGAGGAUACACUCAAAGCUUUGGCCAAAGAGCACUCCGUCUACGUUCUGGUCGGUGCGAUUCCAUCAAAAGAUACCUGGAUCAAAAGAGAUAACCAGCCUCGUGUCAACAUCCCUGACUACAUGUGGGUCGCCUACUGCUACUGUGACAAGACAUCUUGUAAGAGUGGAGGUGCCACAGCUAAAAACACUGAGAACAAGAUUGACAAGUGCACCCUGUCACAGCUUCAAGCCUUUCUUGAAAAACACAACCGAGUUGAAGGUCUGCUGUUUGACAACGACUGCUAUGUGGAGCAGGCUGCAGGUGCGUCUGCAGGUGCGUCUGCAGGUGCAGGUGCGUCUGCAGCUGCAGGUGCGUCUGCAGCUGCAGGAAAUCCUUGAGACAUGUAAUCCAGAAAUACUCACGAGAUCACUGAUCUCUGCAGAGUCACGCAGCUCAUCCUUUCCUCAGCACUGCACACAUGAACUCAUGUAAACAGUUACUGUGAUCUUAACUGUGUCACACAAAUGUCAGCACGUUUAUGGUGCAGGUGAACACAUGCUGUCAUGCUUACCGGCUGCUUUACUCUGAGAGCAGCUUCACUGCAGCUUGUUGCUUAUUAAAAUCUGAUGAAAUGCUCAGUGUCGCGUGUUUGUGUGUUCAGUCAAAAUCAGCAAGUGUGACAAACUUC